GGAUUAAACGUUACAUGUUUUGUUGAAAUUUUGUGACAAGUAAUUUUGAAUCGUAUUUGAACACACGAGUGAAAGGUUGUCUUUACGGCAAUCCAUGUAAUUGUAUAACUAUAACUUAUAAGUUAUGAUGGAAUGAUCAUAUUUCUUUUGUUAAAAAUCGAUCCACACUGCCCAUAGAACUUUGAUAAUUACUUUCGUUUAGAGUAUAUCUACUGUAUAACCCAGGUUUUCUUUAGUUUUAAAUAGAUAAAAAAGUGGGAGGAUCAAGUGAAAGAGAUAAGACAGGGGUCUAGCAACAAUAGUCAGUUUAAUAAUACCAUUAAAAUAAUUGAUUAACUAUAAACAUUAGCUAAUUAACUUCGCAAGAACUGAGUGAAUUUUGCUAAAUUUUAACCAUUGCAUGCCCGAUUAUGUGGAGUGAAAACUAUUCCAUCAUGAAACGUUAUUAAAAGUGUUUAGCCAAAUCGUUGCAUCAUCUUUAGUGUACUUAGUAAAGCCUAAACUAAAGGGCUUUUUGAUUAUUUGAUUAACAACCUUUAACUGAAAACGAGUGAAAUGAUAUCACAACCUAAAGAGAAUUGUCAACACAAAAAUGAACCUUCUUUGCUAUUAUCACCAGAUGAAAAUAGACUACUCUUCACUCUUCUUGGGAAAAGUUGUAGAUCUCUGGCAACAGCUGUUGUCCAAGUUUUUUUGUCUGAACCACCUCAACAUUGUCAGUGGUUAAAACACUGUUGUGGAGUUGCUUGUUUUGUGAAGGAUAGCACUAGAAGAUCCUAUUUCAUCAGAGUAUAUGAUAUGGAUAAAAAGAAAGGAGCUUGGCAACAAGAACUUUACUUGGAGUUUGCCUACAAAGCACCACAACCUUAUUUUCAUACAUUUGAAGCUGAUAACUGUCAAGCUGGUUUAAACUUUGCAGACCAAAAAGAAGCACAUCUGUUCCAGAAAGCUGUUAAUGACAAAAUUCAGUCCCGUUUACAGAAUACAAUUGAAAAGAAACAAACAGAAAAAAGUUAUGAAGUCAAGUCCACACAAUUAAAAAUCACACCUAUGGCACCAAAAAACUACAAUGAUUUGAAUAUGUAUCCUGUAAAACCAAAGAAGAAGAAGAAGAAAAAUGGUAGUAAAAAAAUCUCAAAGGCUGAAAUUGGAAUGCCAACAAAUUUCACACAUAUAAAGUACUUUGGUUUUGAUCCCAACACGGGGUUUCAUCUAUGUCAUAAUGUGGAUGGACACCUUAAAGAAUUCUUCAGUAUGGCAGGAAUAUCAGAAAAACAGCUUCAAGACAAUAGUACAUACACUUAUAUCUGUAACUUUAUUGCAGAACAUGGAGUUGUUGAUGCAGUACAAGCAAAUAGCCAGCCUAAACGUUUCUCAAAUGCUCCUACACCAGAUGUUAGGAGGGACCCACUUGGUACAUCUAGCUUACCCAGAGCACCUCCUCUGCCACCAUGUCCAUCAUAUAGUUUCUUAGCACCAUCUAGUAUACCUCCCCCACCACCACCUCCUCCUCCUCCACCCUUGUCUAAUAUACCUCCUCCACCACCACUUCCUCCAUCUUCAUCUGAUCUACUUUCUACACCAUCAGCUCUUCCACCCUCAUCUGGUGUAUCUUCCCUACCACCUCUUCCCUUGUCUAGUGCACUUUUACCAACAUCACUUCCUUCUCCAUCCUCAUCCAGUGUAUCUCCCACACCACCAUAUACUACACCCCUAUCUAGUGUACCUCCCCCACCACCACCACCCCUCCUCCUCCAUUCUCAUCUGGUGCAUCUCCCACACCACCAUCUACUGCACCCCCAUCUAGUGCACCUCCCCCACCAUUACCACUGCUCUCUUCUCCAAACUUGUCUGAUGAACUCAAGAGAGGUAAAAGACUACAGCAAGUCAAGACACUUUCAGAAUCUGAAGGAAGUAUCAGUUCUUCAGAUCCAAGAGAUGCCUUACUUGAUCAAAUAAGACAGGGUAUCAAAUUAAGAUCUGUUUCAGAAAAAUCCAAAUCUAUCGCACCCAGGUCAUUGCCUCUAGAAGAUCUAGCAGGAGCUCUUGCUCGAGCUUUACAAGAAAGAUCUCGUGUAAUUCAACUAACAGAUGGAAGUGAUGGUGAUAGUGAUGAAGAUGAAGAAGACAAUGACGAAUGGUACUGCUAAUGGGUUUUAAUUAAAUUGUUUUAGAACGUUAUUAAUUUCCAUACAGGAAAUUUUCUGUUCCCUUUCUAUUGCUGUAAGUUUGAAUUAUUUCAAACAUUAAUGAUUAAAAAAAAUUAUGCUGUUUUUUU